ACUGACAGCAUCUCUCUCUCUCUCUCUCUCUCUCUCUCUCUCUCUCUCUCUCCCUCUCUCUAUCUCCGUAUCCAAAAAGACAAAGAAGCCGUCGCCGGAAAAUGCUGACGUGUAUAGCUCGUUCUAAGCGAGCAGGUGAUGAAUCCCCGGGUCAACCCGACGAUCCGGAUUCCAAGCACGCCAAAUCUCUAACAUCUCAGCUCAAGGACAUGGCUCUGAAAGCUUCAGGGGCUUACCGGCAUUGCACGCCGUGUACGGCGGCGCAGCCUCAGGGGCAACCGAUCAAGAACAAUCCGUCGACGACGACGACGGCGAAGCCGGAUACCGAAUCCGAUCAACGGUUUAAGAUGCUGUACGGAAGAUCAAACAGCUCCAUCACCGCCACGGCGGCGGCGGCGGCGAUGCAGCAGCAGCAGCCGAGGGUGUGGGGGAAAGAGAUGGAGGCGAGGCUGAAAGGGAUAUCGAGCGGCGAAGCGACUCCGAAGUCGGCGAGCGGGAGGAACCGGGUUGACCCGAUCGUGUUCGUGGAGGAGAAAGAGCCGAAAGAAUGGGUCGCUCAGGUGGAGCCAGGGGUUCUCAUCACCUUUGUCUCUCUUCCCGGCGGUGGCAAUGAUCUCAAGCGUAUACGUUUCAGCCGAGACAUGUUCAACAAGUUACAAGCUCAACGAUGGUGGGCAGAUAACUAUGACAAAGUAAAGGAACUUUACAACGUUCAAAAACUAAGCCGCAACGCUUUCCCUCUUCCCACGCCUCCUAUAUCCGAAGACGAGGCAAAAGCAGAGUACCACCAUCCAGAAGAUACUCCUGCAACGCCACCUUUGAACAAAGAACGUUUGCCUCGUACCGUACAUCGUCCAGCUGGAUUGGCUGCUUACUCAUCAUCGGACUCACUCGACCAUAGGUCCACGCACGACUCUGGUCUACAAAACUCAACUCCUAAACUGUCAAGCAUAAGCGGGGCCAAAACAGAAACUUCUUCCAUGGAUAGCUCGUCUAGAGAUGCAGACCGGUCAGAGGAAAUGUCGGUGAGCAAUGCGAGCGAUGUUGAUCAGAACGAGUGGGUGGAGCAAGAUGAGCCUGGAGUUUAUAUCACUAUUAAGGUUUUACCAAAUGGGAAAAGAGAGCUUAGAAGAGUCAGAUUCAGCCGAGAGAUAUUCGGAGAGAUGCAAGCGAGGGUAUGGUGGGAAGAGAACAGGGCAAGGAUACAUGAACAAUACUUGUGAUUAUUAUUAUCGUCUUAAAAAAAUCUGUUUUGGUUCAUCAAAACGGUUUUGUAUUUCCCAUUACUCAUUCUCGGUAAUACCGUUUUUUAUCUAUUCCAAGCAAAGUCUUGUCUUUCUUUC